UCCGCUUCCCACUCUCGCCGGUGCAUCUGCAAUGUCGCUCUGCCUUCCCUCCAGUACGGAGGACGACGCCACCUCCGUCGGGACCCUCCCUUCUCUCCCCUCCCUUCAGUCCGUUGUCCCUAUCUACAAUUACCCCGACAGUGUACGCUGUUCCGCAUCCCACCUCUGCCUGUCGUCGAUCAAGGCCCUCACGUCCUCCUCCUCUGCCGCCGCCCUCGCCGUCUCGGCCACCUCCUCGUUCCUUUACUCCGCGUCUGAGUCCGAGAUCACGGUUUUCGACCUCGUCUCCGCCCGCCCGGUCGAGACCUUCGCGGGGGUGCCGUCUGCCGGGUUCGUCAAGUCGGUCGCCCUCUCCCCCGACGGCAGGCUGUUCACCGCCCACCAGGACGGCCGAAUCCGCGCGUGGCGCCGGUCGGUCCGCUCCGGCAGGCACCGCCUCGACGCCACCCUCCCCACCGUCGCGGACCGCCUCCGCCGUCUUCCCCUCCCUGGUAACUACGUCGCCGUCCGCCGCCACAAGAAGCGGCUGUGGGUCGAGCACGCCGACGCCGUGUCCGCCGUCGCCUUCCGCGAGGGCCUCCUCUACUCCGUUUCGUGGGACAAGACCCUCAAGGUCUGGCGCGGCGGCAGCGACUUCCGCUGCCUGGAGUCCGUCCCGGCCCACGAGGACGCGGUGAACGCCGUGGCCGUGGCCGGAGACGGCACGGUGUACACGGGCUCAGCGGACGGGAGGAUCAGGGCGUGGACGCGCUCCCUGGUCGAGGAGGGACGGCGGCGCCGGCACAGGUUGGUGGCGACGCUGGAGCGACACCGGUCGGCGGUGAACGCGCUGGCGCUGAGCGGCGACGGCGCCGUGCUGUACUCGGGCGCCUGCGACAGGUCGAUCCUGGUGUGGGAGCGUGAGGAGUCGGCGGGCCACAUGGCGGUGGCGGGGGCGCUGCGGGGGCACAGGAAGGCCAUCCUCUGCCUCGCCUGCGUCGACGACGUGCUCUUCAGCGGAAGCAGCGAUCGGACGGUCAGGAUUUGGCGCAGGGAAGGCGAAGGCAAGGGCUACACUUGCCUGGGCGUGAUGCAGGGGCACGCGGCCGGAGUGAGGUCGCUGGUAGCGGUUCGGGUCGACUCGGGGAAGGAGGAUAAGGAUGACGAGUAUCGGGUUUGCAGUGGGAGUUUGGAUGGGGAGGUCAGAAUCUGGCGGGUCCGGAUUUCGGCUACUGAAGAAUCCGGACCCGACGUAAAGAAUAUGAAGACAAAUUGAAACAAAAUCCUCUCCCCAGUAGGCUUCGGAAUCCGAAUCCAACUAGGAAAAGUCCGAAUCUGAUUCGGACUAUGUAGUAAAUCUUCUAUAUAUAUGUUACCUCGUCGUUCUAGCAAUCCACUUUCUCGCUCGUUUCUUU